GACUUGGAGACCGAAAGAGAAAUUCAGUAAUUUUAUCAUGAUACAGGCGUAAAUUUCUCUAGAUUUGUAGUGUGAUACUUUUACUGACAGUUUGAGAACGGAGAAAUCCCUACAUACGCUUAUCUCCCGUGCUCAACUUGUGAUGCUGCAGCUCCAAUGGUGUCUCUAUCUUUAGACCCUACAAAACCCAUAUCUACUUCUCUCGGUUCUCAUCUUUUAUCCAAAGGUAGAAAACUUUUACGCCCUGUCUUCAUUUCCUUAAUUUCCGAGGUAAUUACAGUACAUUUGCUUCUUGGGUAGCUUCAUUUCAAUGCUUUCAUGGUUCCAAUCCCUCUGUUUUGGUCAAAACCAACAAGACAACCAGAUUUAUCUGUUCAUCUUCAAAACCCACUUCAACAAAUACAAGAAAAUCUAAGGCACCCCCAAAACCAGUUUUCAGUGAUGGCAGGGAUGAAGAAGAGGGCCAGCCCAUAUGUCCAGGUUGUGGGGUUUUUAUGCAGAGUGAAAACCCUGAUUUUCCUGGGUUUUUCAUAAAGAGGGAUACUAAAGAACAAACGGAAGAAAUUGAUGGCGAAUUUGAUGAUUUUCUUGGAGAAUUCAGUGAAGAAGAAGAAAGCGAAGAGGAAGAAGAAGAAGGAGGAGAAUCAGAUGUAGAAGAAGAAGUUAUAGGCAGUGGAGAUGAAAAUUUUGAUUGGGAAAUGCCUGAAGUCAUAGAUGAUGAGGAAGAAUGUGAGAAGGAUUUGGAUGGGUUUGCACCAGCUGGUGUGGGUUAUGGGAACAUAACCGAGGAAACUCUUUCUUGGAAGAAGGACAAGUUGUCAAAGAGAGAGAGGAAACAGAAGGCUAGAGAGGCCAUGAGAGAGAAACCCACUGUAACAGUGUGCGCAAGGUGCCAUUCUCUACGAAAUUAUGGCCAGAUAAAGAACCAAAAGCUCGAGAAUUUGAUUCCUGACUUUGAUUUUGAUCGAUUGAUUAGCACCCGACUCAUGAAAACCAGCAAUUCUGGUGCAAACACAGUGGUAGUUCUAGUAGUCGAUUGUGUAGAUUUUGAUGGUUCAUUUCCUCGGAAAGCUGCUGAAUCCUUGUUAAAAGCACUGCAAAAAGGGUCAAAAUUGCAAAAAUUGCCAAAACUUGUUCUUGUCGCCACAAAAGUUGAUCUCUUACCAUCUCAAAUAUCACCAACUAGAUUAGAUAGAUGGGUUAGACACAGGGCUAAGGCUGGGGGUGCCUCCAAAUUAAGUGGGGUUUAUCUAGUUAGUGCAAAGAAGGAUUUGGGUGUUCGAAAUUUGUUAAUGUUCAUCAAGGAGGUAGCUGGUCCAAGAGGAAAUGUAUGGGUUGUGGGUGCUCAAAAUGCAGGGAAAUCAACUUUGAUUAAUGCAUUUGCAAAGAGAGAGGGAAAUAAGAUGACCCAGUUAACAGAGGCAGCGGUUCCUGGAACUACACUUGGUAUUGUGAGAAUUGGAGGGAUUUUGCCUGCAAAAGCGAAGAUGUAUGAUAAUCCAGGGCUUUUGCAUCCUUAUUUGAUGAGCCUGAGGCUCACUAGAGAUGAGCAGAAGAUGGUGGAGAUACGUAAGGAGUUGCAACCGAGGACUUAUAGGAUGAAGGUAGGACAGACUAUUCAUGUUGGUGGCCUAAUGAGACUCAAUUUAACUCAUGCUUCCGUGGAGACCAUCUAUGUAACUGUCUGGGCUUCACCGAACAUGUCACUUCAUUUUGGGAAGAUAGAAAAUGCUGAAGAACUAUGGAAAAAGCAUGUUGGCACCAGGCUACAGCCUCCCAUUGGAGAUGAGAGGAUUUCAGAGCUCGAAGAGUGGGGGCAACAGGAAUUCAAGGUGUCAGGGAUCAGGUGGGUAGUAAACAGCAUGGACAUAGCCAUAGCUGGGCUUGGUUGGUUCUCUUUGGGGCUAAAGGGAGAGGCAACCUUGAGGCUAUGGAUCUAUGAUGCCAUUGAUGUCACGGUAAGGGAGCCCAUGGUUCUUGAUAGAGCACCUUUCCUUGAAAGGUUUGGAUUUUGGCUACCAAAGGCCAUAUCGGAAAAUGAAAGGAAAGAGGAAGCAGGACUCUCAGAAGCAAAGGGCUGAAAAGAUAAUAUUACUUGUUUUUAUAGCUGAUAACUGCAGAUUGAUCCAUGCAUUUUGAUGUCAUGGAUUGGAAGUUCUUCACUGUUGAUUGCCAACGAUUGGAGACUGAAGAUAGCUUUGAUGCGUGAGAGAGAGAGAGAGAGAGGUUUCUUUGUGUUUGGUCCCUUGUAGUGAAUAAGAAGCCUCUGUGUGCUGUUUGCGAAACUAAACACUAUUUUUGUCAGUUCAAGAAAAAAAGGAAAGAAACUGAAAAUAUGCUUGUUGUUGACCCGCUGGGUCUCUGGUUUAACCCUGAAUGAGUGAUUGAGUUCUACUUGAGGUCCUGAUUUGGGCUUGCAAAUUAUGCUCGCAAUCUCUACUCUUAGAACUGAGGUAUCGAUUCGAUACUACAUCAAAUGGGAAACUAUUUGGCAAUAAUUCUCAUUGAUUUUUGUGUUGGGAAUGAACCCCCGAUACAUCAAAAUGUUUUUGAUGAACUAAACAAUGUCUCUUCGUUUUUCUGAACUAAAAAAUGGCUUACGCUGCUUACUGCAUUUUGUUUUCUAGAAAAUAAGGAAUUACAGAUCUCACAGUUAUGCACUUAAUUUGAAUAUUGAGAUUUUGAUUAUUUAGCAUGAUUAUUUUGACCUUUUAAGCAUAAAAGCAUACAUUCUCCUCUGAUAGUGGCUUCCAGGCACAUGCUACUGCUCUUUGGGCUUAAAUUUGUGAGAAUUAUUUUUUUAUUUCAAGCUUAAGAAAGUUUAGUAUAUUUGUAUCACUGGCAAUCUGGUAUACGAGAUUUACUUUGGUUGCUGAUGCUGAAAACUUAUGAACAAAUGUAUUAGAUGGAUAUGUUGCUUGUCAAGCAACAUAGGUUCAAAUUUGAUUGUUAUUGUUAACUUUCUAGCCAUGCAUGGAAACACAUAAAAUAGGAAAGGAUAAUCAUGGUGGCUCAUUAGAGACUAUGAACCAUGGUUCAUAUUUUCUGUUUCAUGCAGUACUUUGCAACUAUUUUACUCCUCAUCAGAUAUCUAAAGCAAAUUUUCAGGUUCAUUUAGGAGAAUGGUAUGCUCUCAGAUUAUCCUUUAAUCAAUAGAACUUCUGAACUUCAAGGACACUUCAAAAAUUGUGAGAAUGAGAAUCAAGUGGAUCAAUAUCAAUCGUCUCAAUGGGAUAUGAUUUUUAAGGAAGCAAGCAACUUGCAGCUCUACAUAACAGGUCCAGCUGUUCCUCGUCCCUUGCCAACCAUCCUGAAGUGGAAAAGUCCCGGAAAGUUUUGGAUAUUUUGGGAGGUUGCAGCAGAUCAUAAGAAAUGAGAAGGAUAAGCAUUUGGAUUUCUUGAAGCUGUCACAAGCAAGAAUGAAGUCUCAUGAAUACUUGGGAGUGGAGUUGACCAAAUUCUCUAGCAAUUUCCAACUUUGUUUCUCCCGAUGAAACUAGAUUUGCUGAUGUGCGGAUAUGGUCAAGAUGCUUAGAAGCAAAAUUGACGGCUUGUCAUUGUUCAUUUGGAAAUAAAGCAGAGAGCUGUCAGGGCGUUAAGAGCUCACAAAACAUAGAAGAUGUUGAAGAAAGCUUUGGACUUAUUUUUAGUUCAAGGAUCUGCAUGGAUGUGGAAAUAGAAAUUGGAAAGUUGAUUUGUAUUCAUCCACCAUGGAAAGAGGUAUCAAUUGCUGAGAAUGAGAAGAUGGUUCUAUGUACAUAUUUCUACACUGUUUCAACAUGAUAUGAGCAUUUUUCACCCAGGAAGAGGAAAAUGUACAAUGGAAGAAGGAGCUCACAAUCACCUUUGGCUGGCUGGUGGAUGUGAAAACGAGCUGGGGGUGGUGUACGAUUAGGCUCAAAGUUCGAGAGAAGUUUUUUCGAAUUGUGACAAUUCCCAAGCAAUCGGCUUUAUAUCUAAUGGACAUGAGUGAUUGUGACCUUGUAUCAAAAAUAAAUAUUCUUACAGUGUACAAUCCCUUUAUUAAAACUAGUUGCAAUAUUAGAUGAACCGAAUGGUUUAGACA